AUGAAUAAAAAUUCGCAUGACGAUAAUCCAUACGGCGUGACGGCGAGUGUGGCUGCUCCCGUUCGGACACGUCGUGAUGUUCAGUCACACACUGGAAACAGUAGAGCGAGUGGUACUCUCCAGUGUUCACGGCCCACAAGAUCGAAUCGGAACAUAACAUCUACUUCUGUCAAUGAGUCAAGCACAUCCUCGGAUGAGUCGAGCACAUUCUCAGAAUCCCCAAGGAGACUGGCCCUCCCCAAUAGGAGAGCCCCUCUUUUAGGAAACGUAAGACGACGCAAGAAAUGGAGUAGUGACGAUAAUAGUGACCUCCUAAGAGCGUACCUCCGAGCAACAAAAUAUGACACGUGCAAAUUCGGAUUCAGGAAACGUAUGCUGAUUGAAUGGAGAUUGAUGAGACCAGAAAGUGUACUAACUGAAAACCAACUAGCAACACAACUGACAUCAAUCAAAAGAAAUAACUUAGUACCAGAUAUCAUAACACAAACCAUCAGAACUGAGGAAAUGGAAAGAAUGAGAAGAGAAACCGAUAAUUCCAACACUAUUAAAACAAACAAUGAUACAGGAAAUGCUGAGAUAAAUGUCGAGAAUGAACAACCACAGAUAGAAAGAGAAAAACAAAUAGAAACAACAAGAAUGGACCAAGAAGUAGAAACUGAAAGAACAGAAUUAAUAAAUGAAGAUAAAAUCCGAAUUAUUAGCCAUUUUGAAGUCUUGAAACUCUCCUAUCAAGACACAGAAGCUAAUCACAGACCCAGCUUGAGAAAAAUGAAACCAAACAAGAAAGUACAUACACUUCUUCAAUACUUAAACAACUAUAUUCGUGAGAGUACCACUGACGCUGACGUUCCGAACAUCGAAGCAGUGCAGACAAUCGUCUAUUGUGUAGCAAGAGCAGUCACAGAAGAAGUAGUACCAGAGCAACCAGGAGAGAGAACGAUAAACAAACCCUCUGAAGUGAAAGUACCAAAAUGGAAAGAAAGAAUAGAGAAGAAAAUCAACGGAAUACGGAGCACACUCAACAAGAUAAACGACUGGAAAAAGAACAAAGGUGGACGAAAACUGAGAAAGGAAGUAAAAUCAAUUAUGAAGAGUAUGAACCUAAAGAUGAAUGACGAACAUUUUGACAGAAAUUUAGCAGUAAAAAUAAAUGAGAUGAAACAGAAAAUAGCAGUAUUUGGAAAGAAGUUACGAAGAUACAACUUAAGUCACAAAAGAAAAACACAGAACAAACUCUUCUCAAAAAAUGAAAAAACAUUCUAUGCAUCUCUAAACAACACAACAACAACAACACCCAGUACAUCGAACACAGUACCCAUUGGAGAGCUUGAAGAGUUCUGGCGAAACAUCUGGAAAAACAAAGGGAACCAUAAAAAAGAAGCACCAUGGAUUGUAGAGGAAAAACAAAGAAUGAAUGAAACACCUGGAAUGGAAUCAUGCAACAUCACAAUAACCGAUGUACAUGAAGUUGUCCGGAAACUACACAAUUGGAAAGCACCCGGCCCUGACAAAAUCCAGAACUUCUGGUGGAAAAACUUAACGGCAGUACACUCACAUCUAGUACGACACAUAAACAACAUCAUUGAAUACCCAGAAGAAACACCACAAUUCAUCACACUAGGGAUAACAUAUAUGAAAGCAAAAAGCGAAGAUCUUUCUAAACCUCAAAACUACAGACCCAUAACUUGUUUGAACACCCUAUACAAAAUCAUAACAUCACUGCUCGCAAACAAGAUCGACAACCAUGUAGAAGAGAAUCAAAUUCUAACAGAGGAACAAAAAGGCUGUAGACGGAAGACCCAGGGGUGCAAAGAGCAAUUGAUUAUAGAUGGCAUAAUCGCCAAUGAAGCAAAGAAAAGACAUAGAAAUGUAAGUGUAGCCUGGCUUGACUACCAAAAAGCCUUCGACUCUGUGCCUCAUUCAUACUUAAUCGACGUACUUAACAUCUACAAAGUCAAUGGCAAAAUUGUUAACUUUCUCCAACAUUGCAUGAAGUCAUGGCGAACACAACUCUUAGUCAAUAAUGACCGAAAAACAUCCGUGAAAACCAACCCAAUUCCGAUUGAAAGUGGCAUCUUCCAAGGAGACUCCUUGAGCCCUAUCUUGUUCAUAAUCUGCCUAAAUCCACUCUCAAGACAGCUUCAAUUCUCUAACCUUGGCUACAAACUAAAAGGCUCAUCAACACAACGACUCAGCCACCUCUUGUACGUCGACGAUGCCAAGUUAUAUGCAGAAAACGAACAAGAUCUAGGAAAACUGCUUACCAUCACAAAAACAUUCAGUGAGAACAUCCGUAUGAAAUUUGGAUAUGACAAGUGUGCCAAGAUCAUCUACAAGAAAGGGAAGAAAACGACCAGCCAGAACAUUGAACAUCUCAACAUCAAAGAAUUGGACGACACUGAAAAGUACAAAUACUUAGGACUGGACCAACAUCUAAUACGAGACACAAAAGAACUGAAAGAUAAAACAGAGAAGAAACUACAUACAAGAAUAAACAAGAUCCUAAACACAAGUCUGAAUGGAAAAAACAAAGUGAAAGCCGUAAACACCUGGGCAAUACCAACAAUAACCUACACAUUUGGGGUAAUACAGUGGUCGCAAACAGAUCUAGAGAGAAUCGAUAGAAAAAUCAGAACCGAUAUGACAGCAAACCGAAUCCAUCACACAAAUGCGUCAGUCAUCAGACUCUACCUACCGCGACGAUCCGGAGGAAGAGGACUCUUGAACUUGGAACACCUCUGGAAGAAACAAAUCAUCAACCUGCGGAAAUAUUUCAAAGAAAAACAAACUCCACUACUCAAAGUCAUCUGCGAAAUAGAUUCCUACUCACCACUGAAACUGAAGAACAAUGAUGAACCAACCCAAGCCCCAACAAUAAGAGAAAAGAGAGAAGAAUGGCAAGGAAAAGCGCUACAUGGCAAAUACCCAAAGGCAUUGGACUCAGGCCAUCAAACAGAAUCAACAAGCUGGCUCACCUCUGGAAGUCUAUAUGGUGAAACAGAAGGCUUUAUGUGUGCUAUCCAGGAUGGUGUCAUUAGUACAAAAAACUACAAAAAAUGUAUCCUGAAAGAAGAAAUUGACGACCAUUGCAGAAUGUGCAAAACUGCACCAGAAACUAUUCAGCACAUAACAUCAGGCUGCCCCACGAUAGCACACACAGAGUACCUGAAACGUCAUAACCUCACUGCUGGAAUCCUUCAUCAGAAAAUCGUAACUAAACUGAAACUGCAAGAAUCCGAAGACCCAUAUUACACAUAUGUACCACAACCAGUCAUUGAAACAGACAGCUGGAAAGUGUACUGGGACAUCACGAUUCGAACGGACAAGACAGUAGCGGCCAACAGACCUGACAUCGUACUCCAUGACAAACAGAGGAAAGAAGCCUUCUUCAUAGACAUUGCCCACCCAAAUGAUAAUAACCUGGAAAAAACGGAAAGAGAGAAAAUAACAAAGUAUUUUGAACUCAGUCAAGAAUAUAAAGCAAUAUACAAACUAAACAAAGUGACAGUCCUCCCCAUCAUCAUAACAUCAACAGGAAUAAUAAGCAAAAACAUAGAGACCUACCUCAGUAAGAUACACCUCGACAACAAACCCAUGAUCCGGCUAAUGCAGAAGUCUGUCAUCCUUGAAACCUGUAGAAUAGUCCGGAAGUUCCUGAACAUUCAAGAAUAA